CCGUCUCGUCGUAGUUUGGGAACUAUGGCUGAUAGCCUGAGAAGAUUAAUCAGCAACGAGACCUGCAGGAUUUUACAGGACAAGUUGGAGACUUGGUAUAAAGACUACCACGUUAAUUCAUGUGAUCAGAAUUUGACCCGAUGCUGUGAAGUCAUGGAACUGAAUGCCAUAAUUCAAGGGCAACUCUUCACCAUCUUCAAUCAAGCUUGUCGAGAAGGUGGACAGUAUGCAGGUGUGGAAAUAAUAAAAUCUCGUCUCUUGCCAUGGUUGGGGACUUGUUUUUCUAGCCCCACUCCUGGAAGCUCUUCUCACUUGCAGGAAUCACUUGAGAAAAACAGAUUGCUGAGGGAAUUGACCAGCACUCGGAACCAUGAAAUACAACAGCUGGAGAAAGAAUUGAAUGCCACUCGUUUACAGCUCAGUCUUGUUCAGCAAGAUCUUGCAGAAGCCCAGUUGGCUCUUGAAGACACAAAGACCAAAUCAGCCACUACUCUUUUGGCAGCAGAGGAUGAAAUUGUACAGCUAAAAGCAGAUCUAAAGGCUUCUCGGACAAAAGAAGAAUGUGCUUUGAUGAACCUGGAGAGGCUGAAUGACUAUGAAGAGCAGCUUCAAACAUUGAAGGACGAGAUUGCCAUACUUGGUGCUCAAAAAACUGUUCUACAAAGCAGACUUGCACGAAGUCGAUCUCCUUCCCCAAGAUCUGGCCGAAGCAGAUCAGUUAGUCCACUUCCAAUGAGAAGUUUCUCACCUGGCCGAGCAAGACUUACAAAUGCUUCCCGCCACGCUCGCCUUGUGGAACGCUUCCGUGAUAUUUAUGCCCAGGAUCGCUUGGAUGCUCAAACCCUCUUGAAGAGUUAUGUUGAUGAUCUGGAGAUGGUGCAGAGAAUAAUCUAUGUGGCAGUUGUGGAGUCUUUUCAUGCAGCUAAACUGGCCUUCAGGCAGUUCAAAAUGCGUGUUAGGAAGACUAUGUCCCUACAUUACUCAGUGACUGAACCACUUGAAGACAUGGUCAUGGAUUACAUCAUUCGGGAGGAGGAUUUAUACGAUGUUCAGUCCAGUGUUAAUGAAGUCACUCGUGCGAUGAACAUCAAUCCUAAGAUUUCUUUCCCACCAGAAGUUGAUUUUAUUCUAAUCAGUGGUUUAAUACGAGAGUUAUGCCGUGUAGCCUUUUCCAUGCAAACAUUGGAUCCUCCACUUGAUAUUUCAUUUGGCACAGAUGGAGAACUUUUUAGCGAGUACAAAUACCGUCGCAGCUUUGACUCUGAGUUCACAGCUCCACUGGUGGCUUACCAUGUGUGGCCUGCACUUAUGGAAGAAGAUUCUGUCAUUGUGAAAGGGGAGGCAGUCACAAGAAGAGGUGCUCUGUGGUCUCGCAGGAACAGAAGCCGGAGUCGCAGCCGUAGCGUGAGCCCCCGGCCUCAUAAUGCAGGCAGCUCCUGCCCCAAGCCUUCUCGAAGCCGCAGCCCUUCCCCAUUAAGGAAUGGGAGCCCAAGAAUUUAGGUUAACUGGAUAUUGGUUUUUUGAUUCUGUACAUCUGGAUCAAUCUGCUUCCUGUGGUGCCUCCUUCCUGUGCCAAGAGUACCUCAAACCUCACUUAAUGUGAACAGCAGUUUUGAAUCACUCCACAUGAAGAGUGAAUUGGCAUUGAUGCUUAGCGUGUUUUUAUAACUUUAGAUUUCUUCAAAGGAAUGAAUGGAAGAAAAUCAAUCAAAGAGUGCAUAUAUGUGUUAAGAUCAUAUUCAUUUGAUUUCUUAAAAAAUGGUUUACACAAUUCUUAGAGCAGCUGUUUUACAAUAAUAUUUACUGAUGCAAGGAAUAUGGUGCCAAGACGGUCUUCUGUCAAGAUCAUACACAGAGGUGCUUCCAGACAUGGGCUUCUUGUCCUAACAAGUAAAAAGGCAUUCUAUCCCCCCUCCCGAAAACAUUUAUUCUGGCAAAAAAAGGCAGAAGAAGCAGAGAGAAAACAUGGAAGGGUUACACACUGUGGGUGACACUAUCUCCCCCUUCCUCCCCGGCUGCUAAAAUUGCCUGAAUGAGGCUGGUGAUUGCAUAAUGGAAACCUUGUUUGGAAGCACCCAUAAGAAGAUAUUUGUCUUGAACAUUCCAAUUCAUUGAUGCUGUAAUCCUAUACAUACUUAACAGGAGGUAAGUUCCAUUCAACUCAGUGGGAUGUACAUCUGAGUAGGUAUGCAUAGAACUGCUCUGCAGGACUCCCACUGUGGUGCUUAUUUAAGAGUGUGGUCCAUGUGACGGUAAGCCCCUUGAGUGAUGCCUCACUCCUCCUGUGCUUACCCCCUAGAAGGUGCCUUCCCCAGCAGCUCCAAAGUCCGUCUUCCAUUCUUCAGCCGGUGUGUGUAAAGAUAUGUGGUAGCUGACCAGGUAGAAAGAGGGCAGUCCAGAUUCAGAGUCUCAACUCUGACCUUGCAGCAAAUUUCUGAGGAUGGCUCUGGGACUCCAUGGGAUUAUGCCCUUCUAGAAUAUGUAAAUUUGAUACCCUGAUUUCAGAAGUGUAUCUUUCUGCCAAUCUACUGUUUGGUGCUGGGAUCAGCAUGUAAUUCCAAGAGAUUCAAUAUUUUUUGUCCUCUUCUGUACCUCAUCUGUAGGGCCAGCUUUAGACGGGAGAAACACAAAUGAACUUUGAGGCUUUGACCUUCGACAUGGAACAUUAGGAUUGGUCCAUAUGGGUCAGACACAUAGACUAGUGAGACCAGAAAGACACUGAACAAGGUGCUUCAGUAAAGCAUGAGGCUGUCUUUUUGUUGGUACAAAAGAGAAUGGGCUUGGCAUGGUUUUCAUCAUAAAAUUGUUUAGCCCUUGGGGAAGAAGUCAGUCUCCUGUACACAAUUUGAUAGCCAAUUUACUUUCUUCUUAGUGUAAGUGGACUUUGAAACUGUGUUUAUGAUGGCAAAUUUUACAGCAAUGUCAGCUAAUGUUUACAACAAUGUUGCAUCUGUUUUUUGAAAAUCUGUUUCCUAUUGCCUGCUUAAAGUAAAACAAUUAAAAGUGUUAGAUUACUUAAACUGUCAUUCUGUUAUUGUUAAAAUCUAUUCUUAUCAUGAACAGCCCAUAUCUCUAAAGCUCCCCAUGGCCUCUGUGUUUUAAGGCUGCAGUCCCAAGUGCACAGAACUCUGUGGGAACUAUUUCUGAGGAGACAUAAAUAGAAUUGCACAGUUAAAAUUAGAAAUACUGGGCCUUAUUUAGGGUAAUCAAAGAGAAUUAUCAAAAUAAUCUUUAGGAUGUAUUUUAAGAUAGCACACAUGGGGAAAUGUAUGUAUUGCUUAUAAGAUGUACUAUUUUUAGUAUUAGUAUAGUUUUAGCUACAAGUUAUAACAAAAGCAAAGAACGUUCAAAUUUCCUCAGUCAGUUUCCGAGCUACUAGUGCAAACAGGGAAGCACAUAAGGUAACAUAUUUUCCAUUUUCAAACAGAAGAAAUUGAAAAAAAAAUCACUAGAAGUCGCAAAAUUCUUCCUAAGCCUGAACUAGGACAGAUUUUUCAUAAAAGAGAAAAUAAAAGGCUUAUAAAAAAGACUACUGAGUCAUAACAUCCUCAUCCACAGUCUUAACAAACACACAACCAUGGUAUUCCACUACCAAUUCCUUACAACGGCCCUCUAGAGAAAGCAAAGAGGGCCUUAUUAUUAAAUAUUGAUUCUGUAAAACCAUUUCUAUUGAAAGCGAAAACAUUGAUGUCCAAAUAAUUGGAUUUUCAUAAUCUAACUUAAUAUAUAUACAACCUAAUAAAAUCUGGCAGAAUGAAUAAACAUAUCAGUUAAACUUUUUUUUAAAAAAAAAGACAUAAGAUGGCUAAACUGAAAUCAAACAGAUCUUGCUCAGUUUAUGACUAAAGCCUCUACCAAAUGUCAGUAAUCCAAUUUCUCUUGCUUGGAAAUUCAAAUGGGAGCUAUAACCUUUAUAAACCUAGCACAGAGAUGGCAAAAUUAACAUUCUAUUCUGCAAAUGUAAUAACUGAACUUUGAUGCUUGCCCGCAUAGUCCACUUUUGCAUGGACACAAGCUGCAGGAAUACCAACAGCUACCAGUAUUUUCCUGAAAAAUAAUACUGCUCUUAAACUCUUGAAUUAAUGCAUGAUUAAAGCCUCAAGCUCUUCACUGUGUAAUAAAAUAUAGCUAUAGCUGAAAAGUAAGUGUUGGGCAACAAAUUGUCUGGUGCUUGGUGUAAAAAAGCCCC